AUGGACAGCUUUGAAACGCAGAACGCGGCUGAGUGGCAGCCAGUUGGACACAAGAAAAGAAAACCGCCGCCAUCCAGAUAUGAACCCUCGCCGAGCAAUACUCCGCGCAAUCAACCCCGGUGCCGGACGCACACUUCAGUUAUUCCCUCUACCAGUCAGCGGGAAGAUAUCCUCAUCGAUCUGGGAGAGCCGGAUGAACAACCUUUGCCCAAGACACGGGUUAGUUCUUCUAACCCGUUCGCCUCGCUUGCAUCCGAAGAGUCCAGCUUCUCGGCCAACUCGACUCCAAUCCAUGGAAGAAUCGGAGUGCUUUCUCCAUUGAAGUCAGCGGCGCCUAUUGGAGCUGAUGACCAAGCUAAACAAGAGGUCCCAGCCAAGAAUGUCGUGAGCCGCACGUCGACGCCUACCAAGCAGCCUCGAACUGCCAAUGACUUCGACGACCUAGACGGGCUCGAUCCAAGCUUUUUCUUUACGCCACCCUCGAAGCCUCUUCUACCUUCAUCCAAGAAUUCAAUAGUUAACGGCCAGCAAGAGUCGGGCCCUAUCAGUCCUCUUGACCAGGGCGUGCCUUCCAUGAAGAGGGAAGAGGAUGAGGCUUGGUUCGAAGCCCAACUGGACAAGUCUACACCUCCGUCUACAGCGCAGCCCAAGGGAACAGAUAAAUCUCGCCAGCAUUUCCAGCAAUCAGGACAACUAAUAUACCCGCUCGGAACGCCCGUGGUAGCAUCCUACCGUGGUCGCGAAAGUCGAAGCCCCGGUAGCCGUGGUAACACUCGCAGCCGUGGAACCCCCCGCGGUCGUGGUGGACGGCAUGCUCAUAGCGGUCGGCAGGGAUCUCCUUCCAACGUAUCACAACGCUCUACUUACAAUUUCUCGGGAUCCGAAGACUCUGUCCUCAACCAAAAUUCUACACGAGGCCGAGGCGAUGGCAAUCGCGGUUUUCGGGGCCAGGGUAUCUACAAGCAGUCCAAGGCUGAUCCCGUCGGCAAGAAUAUGCCGUCGGUGUGGAGGAAAUUCCGAAACGGAAAUAUGGUUCAGCUUCUGGUUCACGGCACCAAGGAAGCGGUUGACGAAGCAAGCAAGCUCAUCAAGGAAUGGAUAAGUGAGAUUCUCAAAAUGCAGAGAAGCACGUCGAAGUGGGCUAAAGUCUGGUCCUUCAACCACAAAGCUGAAAGAAGACUCCGUAAGAGGCUGUUGAAAGAUGAAGAGCGUGCGAAGUAUCGGCAGGCCAUAUCUGAAGGCGAGACCCUGACCUACAGCACUGAGUUCGUUUGGCCGUUGCCCAAAGAGCCGGAGCAAAUCCUGGGCAUGAAUUAUGAGGCGCUCGACCCUAUUCGCAUGAAUUGCGAGUGCUACAUUACGUGCGAAAAGGUGCCUCGGACGAUUUUCCGGAUCCAAGGAAACAAUGAAAACAAGAUGCGUAAGGCUUUGGAGCGAAUGCAGCGCCUGCCUGCCGAAUGGUACGCAAAAAUGUUCGAAGCAGAGCCAUUCGUCAUUCUAGACAUCCCAUACGCCUUUGAUCCGGAUGAUCUGCCUCCUGUCAUCAAAGUUCCGUACCGCCUCCCUCGCCCGCUUCUUGCACCAACGUCUGCGAAGGAGGAUGGGGUUACUUUUCGCUUCAAGGGGCCGCACCAGUUCCAUCAAGCCCCGUACCUUGAGCCGAAAGACUCUCCCGCCGGAAAACUACUCGAGGCUGUUUCUGAGACCACUCGGCAUGCUCGUUACUUCCGCAAUAUGCUCAAGCUCCACUUGCAUCUGGGAACCUUCGCUGCACGAAAGACUCAGCUGCCUGACAUCGAUAAAGACACUUAUUCGUUUCUCAGUUUUUCCGAAAUGAUGGAAGAGCAUGAAAAAAUGGGUGCAAAAGCCUCUAUGGAGAUUGGCGAUUUGAUCGUGGAACGCCAUGUCCUUGCAAGAUGCUUCGAAGCGUCGCAUAUCCUGGCACCUCAAGAUGUGUGGACUUACAAAUUAUCCGAUGUCCAGCCAGUGUAUUGCGCCACUUUUGAAAUCGCAAAUCCAGCUGGUCAAGCCGGAGAUCUCGUUCUAGAUGUGGAGCUGUCCGCCGAUGAUGGCGUGACAAGCGUUGUAUCAAAACGUUGGUCUCAGCUGGCCAAAGGAAAAAUGGAACCACGCAGACUGUUGGAUGGCAACAUAAUCGAUUUACAGAACGGCGGCCUCACCUGGCACCUUGGCCUUGACGAGUUCAUUCCCGUGGAUGAGCACGCUGCACAUGACCUGUCAGGCGGACAUAACUUUGUCAUCUAUCGCAGUCGCGAGGAUCGAUUGAUCAAAGUUCCUAUCAAGGGCGAAUGGGUUGUGGAAGUUUCCCACGUGGGAAAGACGACAAUUGGAACCGACGGCCAACAGACCCAAUUCGAGCCACGCUGGACCUUCAGCAUAUCUAACAACCACUGGAACAAGCUUCUCAGCAGUAAUACUCGCGCAGAUAUUGGUCAGGUUGCAAGCUGGGGACACGGCAACCCCGGGAACCUCCUAUUCCCUUUGAAUCCUGACAGUUCUGCCCUUACAGGCGUCGCCAGACAAGACGAUGAGCUCUCCUCCGAAGGGUCAUACCGUGAGGAUAACAAUGUCGAUACUAGCAGCCCGGAAGAGCGAGACGAUGCUCACGAAGAGCAACCUUCUCUUCAGAAUUUCGAACAGCUGCUGAACCUCCUUCGCACGCUAACCGACGUUGUGGUUGGCAAUCCUCAUCUUGACCAUUUUCAGUGA